AUUAGUUGCUCAGCUCAGCUAGCAAGCCUCUUGUUGUUUUCCAGUGCUUCGUCAGACUUUAGAGUUAGAGAUCAUCUUAUGAUCUAUUUCAUUGUUUGCUACACUUACGGUACGGUACUGUUCGCCUAUUCAAGGUACAGAUCCGCAUAUCCCGUGGAGGUUGAAUUAAUAACAGAGAAGGCCUGAUUAGAAUAACCACGCACAAUGAGUUCCAGUGGCCAGUUUGACUCUUAUGUCAAACAACACCUUGGAAAGUACACUAAUAGAGAUCAGACACAGAGAGAUAUCCUCAACGUGUUUGCUGCAUUCAAAGACCUCAGACCAAAGCUAGAUACUCAUGUUUUUAAUGAUGGAAGGAGACAGGAGCUUAUCUGUAUAGAUGGAACAAUUCCUGUUCUCUACAAAGCAAACACAUACAACAUACCGAUCUGUGUGUGGAUCUUAGAGACUCAUCCUCAUAAUCCUCCACUCUGCUUUGUUAGACCAACAAGCACUAUGUUAAUCAAACCUUCUAAACAUGUAGAUGCCAAUGGUAGAGUCUACUUACCGUACUUGCAUGAUUGGAAACCGAACAACUCUGACCUUGUUGGGCUCAUCCAGGUUAUGACGGUUGUCUUUGGAGAGAGUUCACCUGUCUAUGCUAAAUCUGCAGGACAACAACCACCACCCCGCCCCUCUUAUACCCCAGGAGGGGGUGGUAUGCCUGGUUACCCACAGUCCCAGCCACAGUCCUCCUACAUGCCAAUGCCGAUGCCUACCCCAGUUACUGCAUCCAGUGGUUACACUCAACCCCAGUACCCACCAUCUACUAGCUACCAUCCGCCUGCUAUAGGAGGUAGUGGAUUCACCCCGGGUUACCCUGGUUCAUCUAGUUACCCCGGCUACCCAUAUCAGCAAGGUCAAUCAACACCAGGUCAACAGAACCAAUCAUACAAUCCUACUUCUACCACCACAGCUAGUACAACAGGUUCCCAUCCACCUGUUACUAAUCAGACUAGUCUCUCUGAUGAUGCAAUCAAGGCUUCAUUACAAUCAGCAGUGGAGGAUAAACUCAAGAGAAAACUCAAAGAGAACUCUGAAAAAUUUCAGGCGGAGAUGGAUUCUUUGACAGCAACCAAAGAGAAGCUGAAGAAUGGUCAGAGGAAACUAGAAGAUAUCAUCAACCAGUUGGAAUCAGAAACGGCUGAAGUGCGUCAGAACACUGAGAUACUAAAACAGAAGGAUGAAGAGAUAAAGACAGCUCUGUCUAAGAUGGAAGGCCGUGAUGAAUUAGACCUGGAUGAUUCUGUAGUACCAACAGCCCCUCUGUAUAAACAACUACUCAACUUGUUUGCUGAAGAGAUGACUAUUGAAGAUACUUAUUAUUAUCUCAUGGAAGGACUAAAAAAAGAUGUCAUUAGCAUAGAUGACUUCACAAAGAAUGUUCGGGAGCUGUCAAGAAAGCAAUUUUUACUCCGAGCUCACAUACAGAAAGUCAGACAAACAGCUGGAUUACGAGAGAUAACCCCAUUAUGAGAUCAACAUUGACAUGAAAGAUUUGUAAAUAAUAAUACAAUAUAUAAUACAAUUUGAAAAAAAAAAUCAUGAUUUAUUGUAUGGAAUGUUACAGGGGUACUCCAGACUGAACUUUUUUAUUUGACCAGAUAAGAGUAAAAUCAGAUAAACAAAGUUACUGUGAAACUUUCAACCAAAUUGCGACAGGAAUAACAAAGGUUUUGCACUAUGUCAAAGAGUUCUAUAAUGUCAACAUUAUUAUGCCUAGAGCAAGCUGAUGAUGUCAUAUUCUUUGAUGUAUUUCAUUAUAGUUUAUAAUGCUUUUUCAAAUUUCACCUCCAAGAAAUUAAAAAUAUGAUUUACUGCUUCUUUACUUUGUAAGAUCAUCAUUGAUUAUUACUUAUUUUGCUACGAGACAGACAUGUUUUUACAAAGAUUAGUAUUUAUUUAGGCAAUGAAAAGUAUAUAAAAAUGGUACAAUGAAAUACAACAAAAUAAUAAACAUGACUGCUAGGGUCAAAUAAAGUUAACUGAAUUACUGUAGUCAAAGACUAUUUGACCCUAUCCAAUGAGUGCUUAC